AUGGGAAACUGUUUAGUCGGAAGAAACAAUGAAAAAGUUGCUGAUCAUCAAGAAGAAGAAGAGAAAUAUGAAGAAGAAGUGACGAAGAAAGAUUACAAAAGCAAAGAUCGGAAAGUGAAGAUUGUUCUAACGAGAGAUGAGUUAGAGAAACUCAUAUUUUUCCAAAUUAACGCAGACAAAGGAGGAGAUUGUACUUUGGCUUCUUUUGGAGAUUUUCUUAGAGAACUUGAGGCGGAAAGAUUGGCCGGAGAGGCCGCGGCUGCGGCUGUCGAAGAAGAGAAAUCUCGCCGGAAGUUAUGUCGGAAGUGGAAACCAUCGUUGAAGAGUGUCAUUGAAUGGCCUGAAGAAGUAUAG